AUGGCCGACAUAGAAGUGAGGGACGCCCUCCGAAACACGACGCUUCACCUCAUCUUCCUUGUCUUUGUCUCAACCCUUGGUCCUCUCCAGUUCGGCUACCAUAUUGCUGAACUAAACGCCCCCCAAAAUGCCAUCACCUGCCCCAAGAAGUCGCCCAGGCUGGUAGAAUGGCUUCAAGGGUCGUCCAAGUCUGAGGCGGCCUACGUUCCCGACUGUAUCCCCAUGUCAGAGGCCACUUUUGCGACUAUUUCAUCCGUCUUUACCGUGGGCGGCCUUAUCGGUGCCCUUUGCUCGGGACCCUUCUCGUCCAAGCGCGGCCGCUUGCUUGCCAUGCGAAUCACCGCCCUGCUCUUUCUAUUCGGCUCACUGAUCGAAACGUUUGCUGGAAAUGCACCUGCAAUGGCAUUUGGCCGAUUCUUCUCGGGUAUUGGAGCAGGAGGCUCAACUGUAAUUGUUCCGCUUUACAUUAGCGAGAUUGCGCCGCCUGAUGCCCGCGGCUUUUUUGGUGUCAUGACUCAAGUCUCCAUCAAUGUCGGUAUCCUUGCCACGCAAGUCUUAGGUCUCUUUUUGAGCUAUGGUGGUGUCUGGCGCUGGAUCCUUGGUGCCGGAGCACUCAUCGGCGUGUCUCAGGUCGUUGGAUUGCUGGCAGUACCUGAAAGCCCAGCUUGGACGGCUGCUCACGGCGAUGUCACUCGAGCCAAGCGCACGCUGCAGCGUAUUCGCGGCAAGGAUGCUGAUAUCCAGGACGAGGUUGCUACCUGGGGCGAUGAUACCAAUGGAGAGGAACAGGGUCUUCUAUCGGAGCCUUCUAAUUCCACGAGAGUCGCCCCUGUUCAUAUGGGCUUUGCCGAGGUUGUCCGCGAUCCGCUAUAUUGUCCCGCCAUUGUUGCGGUAGUGGGUGUGAUGGCAGUACAGCAAUUUUGCGGCAUUAACAGCAUUAUCAUGUACUCUGUUUCGUUACUUGCUGACCUCCUUCCCAUUUCCUCCGCCUUCCUCACCGUCAUCAUCUCCAUCGUCAACUUGGCCAUGACCCUCGCGUGUUCGCCAUUGCCUGACCGUCUGGGUCGAAAGACAUGUCUGUUGAUCUCCGUUAUUGGACAAGGAAGCAGCUCUUUUGCAUUGGCUCUAUCCAUUGUCCUUGGCUAUAAGGUGUUGUCCGCCAUCUCGGUCCUCUUCUUUGUCGCAUUUUUUGCUGUUGGCUUAGGACCUGUCCCAUUUAUUUUGUCCUCUGAGCUCGUUGGCCAAGAAGCAGUCGGUGCUGCGCAAAGCUGGUGCCUUGCAGCAGCUUACGUGUCAACCUUUUUCGUUGCCCAGUUCUUCCCCAUCCUUAACACAGCCCUAAACAAUGCUCUUGGAGGGCAUGGCUGGGUGUACUUCAUCUUCGCUGCCGUCGCUGCCGUUUCUACUCUGUUCAUUCAAUGGAAGAUCCCAGAGACAAAGGGGAAGAGAGAUCUGGAUGAAGUUUGGGGUAGAGUCCGUAGACUGGAUUAG